CCGGCAUGCAGUGCGGGAUCCCUCAGUCAGCUGAUAAUUGAGGAAGUGCCUGCAAUGAGUUAGAGGGGAUCGGGGAUUUAAGUGUUGGUGCGCAAACUAGGCUGGUGCCAUGCAGAUGUAUUUUGUCUUUUCUGAAAAUGUGACGUUGCUCUUCGAUUUUUGGACAGUUCAGACACUGGCAGGUCUGAUACUAUCCUGCGUGGUUGUCCUACUUCUCACUGUUUUAUAUGAAGUAUCCAAGGUCUGGAAGAGCAAUCUACUCGGCCAAGCACUGCAGACCUUUCCUAUAAGAUCUACCCAUGAACCUACUCCAUCCUCAACCCCUGACCCUGAGGCCAGCUCAAGCAUAGUCUGUGAUCCCUUGCUGCCUUCAGCCUCCCUGUCCCACCAGCAUGUGGAGAGACUGCCGCCAGUGAUUGUGGAGCGCACCCAACCUAGUUCCAAUUCCAGAUGGUGGUUCCUGCAUUCUUUUCUCUCCCUGCUGCACAUGUCCCAGGUUGUACUUGGAUACAUGCUCAUGCUCUGUGUCAUGUCCUACAAUGCCGCCAUCUUCAUUGCAGUGGUCCUUGGAUCUGGCCUCGGGUACUUUCUCGCUUUUCCACUGCUUUCAAAAUACCCUAAACCCCACAUUAUGUAAUGGGGUGGGGAAAGAGGGUUUCUUUUUAAAACAUGACUUUCCAUUACCACUGGCAGUACUGCAACUUAACUACAAUUGCAGCAAUGCAGAAUGGGAGUACAACAGUUACACUGCUGCAGUGAUGUCUGUGCCUUAAAGGAGAUUUGAACCCAUGUUUCUCUCCAGAUGAUGCUAAACCACAACUCCCAGAAUUCCUCUGACAACCAAAGUGCCAAUGUUUCCCCAGGCAGUCCACUUGCGGCCCUCUGGGUGUUAAUAGUGCGAGAUCCUAGGUGUUAGGUUUCAUCCUCUGGUCUCUGGGGGUACUGGUCAUGUGAUAGGCCUGUGAACAGCAUUACUACAGGGAUCCCCAACCUUUUUAACUGUGAGCCACACUCAAAUGUAAAAAGUGUUGGGGAGCCACACAAGCAUGAAAAAGUUCAUUGGGGAUGCCAAAUAAGGGCUGUGAUUGGCUGUUUGGUAGCCCCAUGUGGACUGCUGGCCUGUAGGAGGUUCUGCUUGGAGUAAAACUGUGGCACUGUGCUUCCAAAACUUGCCUCCAAGCCAGAAAUAUUAAAAUGUGCUCCUACUUUUAGACCACUGGCAGCAACAUGUUGGGGAUCACUGCGUUACUCCAACCACUUGUCUAUCCAGUAUGCUCACACAAACCUCACAAAGGGCAUAUCAUACCACUAAGGUCUUUGGAUAAUAACAGGAUAAUAACGCAGGUACGUAUGAGUCAAGCUAAAAUGGGCCUGUUGCUGUGAUCUGGCCAAUCAGUGUCAAGUUAGAAGAACCAAGUUUAAGUGAUUUCCAAACUGAUCCUCCCACAAUCUCACUCCAAGGGGUAGUGUAGUAUAAGGUACAGUUUGCUACCCAUAACAACCAAUGAGCAGGAACUAGUGGUCUGCUGUUUGAAACAAAUAUCUGAUUGGCUACUAGACCUGGAUCAAAAUCUGCACCUGUUAUUACAUUACUUUAUAUAAUAAUAUCUUUUUGUUACUAUGUGGAUUCCUUCCUUUAAUUGAGUUAACACAUUGGUGCCUUAUUAUUAACUGCCUUUACUACCUGGGAAGGGAAACCAACUUAUAGCACAAAGAUGUUGUAUUUAGGGGGUCUUCAUAUUUAUCUUCCAAGAAAGGACACAGGAGUUUGGGGCUGAAUUUCUCAGAGGGUUUUAUGGUAUCCUCCCACCCAUUUGUACUGCUUGAAGUGGAUCAUGGAACUAUAUUACUAGCAUUAACUGGAGUUUUGAUGCAUCAAGGAGGGUAAUGGACAUUUAACUUUUGCUCAUGUGCCAAGACAAGACUUUUAGUAUAAGUUUGAGUUCCAUAUUAUAUAUACAUUUUUUUAGUGUGUGUUUAAAUCUGAUUUUUCCCCCCCUUCCCCCAGCCCAAAUAUUAUCUCUGGGCACUGGGUUAUAACCCUCUUGAGUUAUGUGUGCAGCUCAUCCUCAUGGAGGCAAUACAAGGCUCAUGUAUGUUAGCCCAUCAGAGCCUUGCAGCACCCCCGAGCAUGGUGUGAAGGCAAUGCACCCAUCCAGCACCCACAGACUAUAAUAGACUAGGGGGGUAACAAAACUGGGGGCUGGGUUUUAAAAGUUACUAAUAUGAUUCACUUGUGUAGCCAGAACUGAUGGUGCUGUGCUAUUGCUGCCUAUUGAAAAAACAGCUGUAGCAAAACAGGAGAUAAGCUGCUUGCAGUCGCAAUACUACUUAACAGAUUUCACCCACACAUUUAUACAAGGGCUCUGCCAUAAGAGAUGAAAGCUCUAGAGAACUGGAGUUCUGCAGGUCAGAUGUGGACCUCUACAAAGGAAUUGUAUGCUCUCCCGCCCAUGAAUACAUUUGACUGUUCCUUAUUUAAAAACACUAGGACCCAAGAAUAUAUGUAGCAGUUACUAAAAAAAGAUAAGGCGGCUUUUGCUAGGCAAAACAGCACCACAGCCUUAUGUUCUGAUCCUAAUCGAACAAGUGCAUAUGUACAAGUCUUUACUUGCCCUUUAAACACAGACUUUUAUGUAUUGGUCACUCUGGCUCUCUACUGUUCUGUAUUGUCAAGCUUUUUCAAUCCCCAAUGACCCACAGGAAAUGUUUCACACUUCUCCAUGUUUCUUAUAAUAAACUUGUUUUUUUUAUUUAUUAUUAUAA